AAUGGGUUCGGAAGGAAGGAAAACACGAAGUAACAGUCUUACUGAAUUAUUCAGUCUUAUUUUGAGAAUGAAGAAAGAUUAUAAAUUUGAGAUGAUUGACGACCUUUUGGAAUUAGUUGAUGAGCUGCAACACAAUUACGAUGGUAUAAGAUUUAGCAUUAUUAGAGCUUUGACAGAACGUGAUAUUGCGUUAGAUGAUUUUAUACGUGUUCCAUCGAUGUUUAGCAGUUUUCUCAACAUCAUUCCCAGCCUCAAAACUACGGCUAUAAGUAGUUUUAAGAGAGGUAAUUCGCAAAUAUUCUUCUACGCUUUAAAAUCUCGUCCAAAAUUGAUUAAACUAUUUUAUAAAACAAAAAAUCUCAAGUAUUUUAUUGAAACAUCUCCGGAAAUUAUAGAAUUCUUUAUCAAUAUUCAUCCUGAUCUUCUUACAAGACUUGACGAUUGGUUAUGCGGAUUUAAUCGUAUUAAAUAUAAAACUUCAAUUCUGGAGAAAGACUUACGAAAUCUGUAUAAAGUUCAAAUUUUUAAAGAGUUCUUUUCAAGAAGAGAUACGACUUAUAAACUAUUUGAUAUUUGGUUUAAAAAUAUGCAAUCUAUGCAUUCAAAGAGAAUGACUUCCGACUAUUAUUAUCCUACUUUAUACACUAUUAUUAAAUGUAUGGACCAAUAUGGUUUAUCGGUAGAAGAGCCUGGUAAUAGAUUUUGUAUUUGGUUCUUUGAACAAAUAACGGAAACUAAAAGUACAAUAUUUUCAUGGAGUAACGCUUAUAAUGUAGCUGAUAAGGUUUUACACAUUUUUAUUGAACAUGGUUAUGUUUUUACCGGUAAUCUACCUACGAAAAUUCACAGUACGCAUAGUUAUGGCUUUCCAGAAGUACGAAAGAUUUUCUACUAUUUGGCUAGCAAUUCUGUGCCUUUUCCGCCUAGUUUUCUAAGUCAAAUUCAAAUGGUUGGUAAGCCAAGAUCACUUACUAAUUUGUGCGUAGCAGUGAUAAGACAAUCGAUUUCUGGUCCAAUACGGAAAAAGGUAAAUACACUUCCAGUUCCGGAUGUUGUAAAGCGUCAAAUGUUAUUGGAGGACCAUGAUGAUUGGAUUUCCUUAUUUAAAAGACUCGAUCCUUUGGAAUACCACGACAAACAUCUUAGCGAUAAAGAAUUGUGCGACAGUUUCUUAGAUAGCCAAGAAGUUGACGACGAUCAUAAGAAUUGCAUCGACGUAACACUGAAAGAUUACGAGGACAAUUUCAUCUUUCAGUAUAUGUACGAAGAAGGACCAAAAUUUAUUCCAUUUAUCUUCUUUCAAUUUGGAGGACAGGUAAACGGAGAGCAAAUUAGAGGAGCUCAAAUAAGCGAAAGCGAAGAUGAAAUAAAUGAUAGAUUUCAACAAACAUAUAAUUCAGCAGGUGAUGACGAUGAUGACGAUGAUGAUGUUGAUGAUGACAAUAUCGAUAAUCAAGCUGGAAAAUUUCAGGAAAUAGAAGACAAAAUGGAAGAAGAUAACAACGAAAACGGUACAAGAUUUUAA